CUUGACCGAAGAUUUAAGUUUCCAGCUAGUGCUUAUACCUAACUUGUGCUUAUACGUAACUCUGCUUAGGAUUCAAAACUUACUUUAUUUAUAAGCGCAAUUAGCGUUAAUACAAUAUAAUCGGCCGGAAAGUCGCCGUCAACGGCCGCAUUCUCCGAACUGCCCAUCCAAUACUACCACCGGCACUAGAAAUUUCCGGUGAAAAAUCCCUCUCUCGAAUUUUCCGGCGACGAAACGAACAAAUCAUUAAGCUUGUUUCUCACCACCACUUCCUUUUUAUCCGGUGACGCAUCGUCCUCGGACAAUAGCCGUCGAUCACUUCCUCCAUCGCUGCCGGGUUACGGCUGCGGGUGAGGAGCAUGCGGAGAGUUUUACGGCGGCAGAGGUGAAUGACUGGGCUAGUUGUUGGGCUUCAUCAAAUGGAUACUCACUUCUCUUAUGAAGUAUUCCUGAGUUUUAGAGGUGAAGACACCCGAAAAACAUUCACUGGUCAUCUUUAUUCCAAAUUGGAUAAUGUUGGAGUUAAAACCUUCAUUGACGAUGAGGAAUUGAGAAAGGGUGAUGUGAUUUCAAGUAAACUAGACAAAGCAAUUGAAGAGUCAAGAAUUUCCAUUAUUAUUUUCUCGAGAAAUUAUGCUUCCUCUAGUUGGUGUCUAAAUGAGCUAGUUAAAAUUCUUGAAUGCAAAGAGAAAUUAAAGCAGAUGGUUUUGCCUAUUUUCUAUGAUGUUGAUCCUUUUGAGGUACGAAAGCAAACUGGAUUAUUUGGUGAAGCUUUGGCAAAACAUAAGGAACGACCAUUUGGAGCUCAAAGGGUGGAGAAAUGGAGAGCUGCACUUACUGAAGCUGCGAAUUUAUCUGGAUGGGAUUUGCAAAAUGUUGUUGACGGGCAUGAAUCAAAGUUUAUCGAAAAAAUUAUACAACAAGUCCUACAAGAGGUCAACCAGACACCUCUAGAUGUUGCUUGGCACCCAGUUGGAGUAGAUUCUCGUGUCAAAGAUAUAGAAUUGUUAUUGCAAAAGGAAUGUGAAGAUGAAGUUCGCAUGAUUGGUAUUCACGGAGUUGGUGGUAUAGGAAAAACAACUCUGGCAAAAGCUAUAUACAAUACAGAAUUUCGGCGCUUCAAUAGUAGUUGCUUCCUUUCAGAUGUUAGAUCAGAAGCUGAAGAAUUUGGUCUUGUCAAGCUACAAGAGAAACUUCUUCAACAAGUACUCAAAACUAAGGACGUCAAAGUUGAUAGUGUUGCUCAAGGCAUCAAUUUAAUCAAAGCAAGACUUGGGUCAAAGAAGGUUCUAAUUCUUCUUGAUGAUGUGGAUCACAAAAAACAAUUAGAAUCCUUAACACGAGAAAGAAGUUGGUUUGGUUCGGGUAGCUUAAUAAUUAUUACAACCCAAGACAAGGAUUUGCUACGUGGGCUUAGAGAAAAAGAGAGAUAUGAGGUCAAACUGUUAAAUGACAAUGAAGCUAUGUUACUUUUUAGUUGGCAUGCUUUUGACAGUCAUUUUCCACCAAAAGACUAUGUUAAUUUUGCACAAGACAUAAUCAAAUAUUCAGGCAGGCUAUCAUUAGCUCUUGUAACAUUGGGGUCACAUUUACAAGGAAGUUCUGUAGAAGAAUGGGGAUACGAAUUCGAAAAACUAAGAGCAAUACCUCAUUGUGAUAUCCAAAAGAUUCUCAAGAUAAGCUUUGAUGGACUUGAUGGUGAUACACAAACUGUGUUCCUUGAUAUUGCGUGCGCCUUCCAUGGUUUUUAUGAGCAUGAAGUUACAGAAAUAUUGAAUGCAUGUGGCUUUCAUGCUAAAAGUGCAAUUGCAACGUUAGUCCAAAAACACUUGCUCCAAAGGGAUGAUCUUUAUUUGGUGAUGCAUGAUCUAGUGCGAGAUAUGGGAAGAGAAAUUGUUCGCUUGGAAUCAAGUCGAUACCCAGGAAAACGGAGCAGAUUGUUCAUCCCUCAAGAAGUCUGUGAUGUUCUACAAGGAAAUAAAGGUUCCAAAAAGGUAGAAGUACUGAAGGUAGAUCGACGAGCAUUUAAGGGAGUGAACUUGAGCACCAAAGCAUUUAAGAAAAUGGAAAACCUUAGGGUUCUUAUAAUGGAUGAGUUACAUAUUAGUGGAGAUUUUGGGAUGUUGUCCAAGGAGCUCAAAUGGUUGUCUUGGAAAAAAUGUCCUUUAAAUUGUAUACCAUCAAAUUUUCCAGCUGAGAAUCUAGUAGUUCUAGAUAUGCAGGAGAGUGAUAUCCAAGAAUUUCGAUUGAAUUUGCAGUGUUGUAGAAGUUUGAAGAAGUUGGAUCUUUCUUAUUGCAAGCAACUCAGAAGCACUCCAGACUUCAAUGGUUCAGUGAGUCUUGAGACUUUGUAUCUCUAUGGUUGCUCAAGUCUAACGGAGAUCCAUCCAUCAAUAGGAAAUUUGGACAGGCUAAUUAAACUAUAUAUGCGUGGUUGCGAAAAACUUACGGAUCUUCCAAGCAGCAUAUGCCAGCUAAUAUCCCUUGAUUCCUUGGACAUUGAUGACUGCUCAUCAAUAAAAAUACUGCCAGAUAACCUUGGAGAUAUGAAAAGUCUAAGAUCUCUUUAUGCAUCUCGUACGGGUAUAAAACAAUUGCCUAGAUCUGUUGAAAUGCUACGAAAUCUUCGAACUUUGUCAGCAGGAGGUCAAAAGUUAGAGGCCAAAAGGAGUAUUUCGGGAAGAGGAGUCCAUCGGAUACAAUAUUCCUUGCCAACUUUUGUAUCCUAUUUGAGCCUUACAUAUUGUAAUUUGUCCGAUGCUGAUAUUCCUAGGGAUAUUGGGAACUUGUCCUCCUUAGAGCUUUUAGAUUUGAGUGGCAACAGUUUCCAUUGUCUACCCUUUGAUUUUUGUAAGUUAGGAUUCUUGAAGUGGCUGUAUUUGAAUGACUGUGAGAAUCUUCAAACACUCCCGUCAGUAUCAAAUUUAGAGAAUCUUGAAAUUCUUGAACUUCAAAAUUGCCAAAAAUUGGUCAAGAUUAGAGAGUUGGACAACCUCCCUUCUAUAUGGUCGAUCAAUAUGAUUAAUUGUAUUUCUCUGCAGAAUCCAUUCAAUGAAGGCUUCUUUAGUGCACCUGCUCUAUCAUUUCCAUCUAGAAAAGAUCGAUAUAUGGUUAGUCUCUCUCUCUUUUUCUCUCUCUCUCUCAUAUUAAUGAUCUUGAGUCUUUGUUUGAUGCAGGAUCAUUUAGAAAUUUAUCUCACAUGCAAUGAGAUUCCAAAAAGGUGCAACAAUCAGAUGUUAGAUCAGAAGCUGGAGAAUUUGAUCUUGUCAAGCUACAAGAGAAACUUCUUCGAGCCCGUUUGGAUUGGCUUGUUUUAAGUGCUUUUAAGCCAAAAUAGCUUUUAAACUAUUUUGUAGUGUUUGGAUA